AGCACCAGCGUCAGGGUGAGAGAGAACGAGAGACUCGGACACUUUGCCAUCACCUGCCUAGAAUUACCCAAGCCACCUUCUCAAGAAACUAACAAAUCCUUCAGCACGAUGGAACUCCAAGCCUGUAACAUUUUUGCCCUUUUCGUUGUGGUUGUGACGCUCUCAGUUGCCAGCAGUCUCCCUGCCAGCCGGACGGACGAUGUGCUGCAGGAGGCCUCGGGUCUGGCUUUGAACAAACGGCCAAAGUACAUGGACACCCGACGGGACCUUGACGUCUUUAAAGAUCUGGUGCUCAUCAGCAUUCAAGAGGUGAUGGCUGUCUGCAUGUUCCUCAGUCGCUAAAGAAGAUUCAAGACUCGAGGCGUGGCUUUCAUCCACGCAGCGAUUCGAGGAAUUCCAUAGUUUUUCCAUGGCUUGACACGCCUGCAUCAUCAUCAUCAUCGUUUGACGUCAUCCACGGGGACUGAAAUUACGUAUUCGUGAUCUUACAAUUAUAAUAAGGCUUACAGAGUAGGCACACAAUGCGAGCUAUCAAAGUAGGAAGCUGUACAGUGGCUUCGUUAGGUAUCGAAAUUCUUUUAGAACUUCCAUCGCUCAAUAGUUUUUCCAUAUCAGAUAGAGUGACUGUAUGCAAGCCAAAGGUCAAAAACGGGCUCUUUAAAAAUUGCAUUGUGUGCUUACCCCCAUUCGGC